AUGGCAGCGCUGCUCAAUCAGGAUGAGCUGGAAAACGGCUUCGAUGUCCAAACCCACGAUAAUCAAGAUGAAGAGCCCGACAAGUCGGAACCGGGUGAUGACUGCUUGAGCGACGAUUCGUUCCAAGAUUGCUGCGACGAAAGUGGAGAUGUGGCCCUCGACGAGGCCAUCGAGGCCGCGCAGCGUGGAGAUUACAGACAGCAAUCGAACACCUCAGCCGGCGCUCCAACAAAAGCGGCUGACCCUGAAGAUCAAUCUCAAAAGACGACAGCCGGCCCGACGCAACGCCAAUUCGCCGACCGUCUGAAGGGCAUAGCCUGCUCAGUUGAGGCGUGCCGCAAGCAGCGCACGACGUUCAAGUCGGUCCGGCAAGUGCUCGAGCAUCUACUCGGCCGCCACGCGAAAAAACGACUGCCCAAGAAAAUCCCAAAGAUUUGGAGGUGCCAAGUGUCGGAGCACUGCCAUUUCACGUCCUUCUACCGCGGCAACCUGCUCGCCCACACCAGGACCCAUCAUCCGAAGGCUGGCACGAAAAUGGUCCCCACGCGAGAGCAAUGGCAUCCCUCCGCACUGCUGGCCGUCCGGGACGCUGCCCGCCACUUCUUCCCGUCCAUCGAGAACCGUGUCGAAAAGUACCUCGUCUGGAUGAUCAAGUCGGGCCAAGUGGACGUCGACCCCAACCAUCCACUGCCCUCA